AUGCAGGCUGCAGAUGGGAGCCGGAGCUACUACAUGCACUCGGGCCAACUCACGGGCUCCAACCACCCGUCGGGGGCGUUCUACGGGCCGCCGCCGCCGGGAGCAUCCGGCGGGUUCUCCUACGGCUCUUCGACGCCGGGCCCCACGGACAGCUUCAGAGGGGCAGGGUACCCGUCGGGCAGCAUGGAGUCCAAGUCGUCCUUCAGCUACGAGGAGCUGACGAGCAUCACCAGCAACUUCUCCCGCGACAACGUGAUCGGCGAGGGCGGGUUCGGGUGCGUGUACAAGGGGUGGCUCGCCGACGGCAAGUGCGUGGCCGUGAAGCAGCUCAAGGCCGGCAGCGGGCAGGGGGAGCGCGAGUUCCAGGCGGAGGUGGAGAUCAUCAGCCGCGUCCACCACCGCCACCUCGUCUCCCUCGUCGGCUACUGCGUGGCGCAGCAGCACCGCAUGCUCAUCUACGAGUUCGUCCCCAACGGCACCCUCGAGGACCAUCUGCACGGUCGCGGCGUGCCGGCGAUGGACUGGCCGACGAGGCUGAGGAUCGCCAUCGGCGCGGCCAAGGGGUUGGCUUACCUCCAUGAAGACUGUCACCCGCGGAUCAUCCACAGGGACAUCAAGUCGGCCAACAUCCUGCUCGAUUACUCGUUUGAAGCACAGGUCGCGGAUUUCGGGCUGGCCAAGCUCUCCAACGACACCCACACGCACGUGUCGACGCGCAUCAUGGGCACGUUUGGGUACCUCGCGCCGGAGUACGCGUCCAGCGGGAAGCUGACGGACCGGUCGGACGUCUUCUCCUUCGGCGUGGUGCUGCUGGAGCUCAUCACCGGCCGGAAGCCCGUCGACCAGGACCGGCCGCUCGGGGAGGAGAGCCUCGCCGAAUGGGCUCGGCCGAUCCUCGCCGACGCCAUCGAGACCGGCAACCACGACGAGCUGGCCGACCCGCGGCUGGAAGGCAGAUACAACAAGGCCGAGAUGGUGAGGAUGGUGGAGGCCGCCGCUGCGUGCAUCCGCCACUCGGCUCCCAAGCGUCCCCGGAUGGUGCAGGUGAUGAGGGCGCUGGACGUGGACGUGGACGAGGGGAGCAUGUCGGACCUGAGCAACGGGGUGAAGGUGGGGCAGAGCCAGGUGUUCAACAACAGCCAGCAGGAGGCCGCCCUCGAGCAGCUCCGGCGCACGGCCUUCGCCACCGAGGAGUUCACGGGGGAGUUCGAGCCGUCCGGGGAGUUCGAGCCGUCCGGGGAGUACGGUGCCGCCGCCAGUACUCUGAACCAGCCUCGGCCUGCGGGGUGA